CUUGAAGCUUUCUUCCAAAUUUGAACAGUCACAUAAAUUUUGGUAAAACGGAAAUUUCUGUCAAAUCCAGUCUUUCACCAAGCUUAACAAAAUGCCUCGUCAAAUCAACGACAUUAAGCAAUUCUUGGAAAUCGCUCGCAGAAAGGACGCUACUUCUGCCCGCAUCAAGAAGAACCAAAACAAGGAUGUUAAGUUCAAGCUUCGCUGCUCUAAGUACUUGUACACUUUGGUUGUUGCUGAUGCCAAGAAAGCUGAGAAGCUCCGCCAAUCUCUCCCUCCUGACUUGACUGUUUCUGAGGUUGGAAAGAAGGCAUAAAUAGGCUCAAGCUGAAUAGAACACUUAAUAAAAAGUGAUCGCAUCACGAUCAUUGGUUUUUAUGCUGACUAUCAUUUUGUGUGUUCUGACAAGGUUUUUGUUAUGGCUAUAGUAUCGUAAUUGUAUGUAUUUUAACGUUGCAUAAACCAUCUUUUAUACAGCUUGUAAAUCUUUUGGUAUCAGUGUCAAUUAAUUUCUGUUGAUU